AAGAAUCCCAGAUUCCAAACGAUACUUAUCUUCGGAGGCCCAAAUUCAACGGGAUAUGGACACCGAAUAUCUUUCUGUUUCCAAAUUCGAUUUCUUGUGGAACAAGCAACGGCGCCUAUAAAACGGACUGGAAACCCAACAGUUUUCCUCACUCGCUUUGCUUUCCUCCAUCCCUUAACUCCCCUGUACCAGACCACCGAGUCUCAAGACGGAGCGAGUCCGUCGCCCCCGCCGGCAUUGGCACAUUCAUGGCUUCCUUUUUAGUGUUGGUAAGGGAGAAGAGUGAUGAUUCUUUUGCAGUUUCCCAUGUUUCAAGAAAUAGUUCGAGGAUCUCGAUGAAGUUUCCUGUUAAGCGUGAUUUUCCGCCCGGUUUGGGAAGGAAUUCGGGUUCGGAGCCGAUGGUUGACAGCAACAGAAUGGAUGAUUUCCAGCCUGGAGUGGUGGGCAGGGAGAGUGAGGAUGAUUCUGCUGUUUCUAAGGUUUCAAGGAAUGCUUCAAGAAGCUGGUCGAAGUUUCCUGUUAAGCGUGAUUUUCCGUCUGGUUUGGUUCGGAAUUCGUGUUUGGAACGGAUGGAAGUGAGCAACAGAAUGGAUAAGGAAAAUGAAAUUAGAUUCAUUAAUGGGUAUCAGGGUGAAGGAAUUCUUAACCCUUGCCCAAGAAUUUUGAAGGAAUUUCCUGUUAGGAGGGAUUUUCCUUGUCCUGGAGGUCGAAGUUCAGGUCCAGUAAUGGGCAAUACUUCAACCAAUGACCAAUCUGCUGAUGAGCAUCAGCGUGGAGGAGUUGUUAGUUCUCCAAGAAUCUUGAAGGAAUUUCCUUUUAAUAGGGAUUUUCCUGUAGGUCUUGGAGGUAGAGAUUCCUGUUUGGUUUCAACAAACAACUCACCCAAUGCAAAGUCGAUUGCAUAUGACAAACCAUUAGAUGGUUGUGUUUCAGGUGAGUUUUAUGAUUGUUCCAAUGCUAGAGAAACUAGCUUGCCAUUAGUUGGAAAUGGUGAGGAGCCAUUAUCGAGAAUCUCCAGGGAGUUUCCUCUUAAGCAAGAUUCUCCUCUUAAUGGGGUUGAGCAUUUUCUUAGCAAAAAUGCUAGCAAUAAGGAUUGCAAUGUAGAUCAUGUGAAAGUUAGGCAGGCUAUCAGUCUUUUUCGAGGGCUAUUCUCCAAGCUCUCUUUUGAACAAAAAGCAAGGUUUCGAGGGUCAUCUUUUCCCAUAAAAGUAGCAAUGGUCAUGCAAAAGCAAAAACAAUGGGUUAAUAUCGGCAAGCGGCUGGGGCUAGUUCCUGGAGUUGAAGUUGGUGAUGAGUUCCAAUGGAGGGCGGAACUGUGUGUUGUUGGUCUGCAUUAUAAUUUUGUGCAUGGUAUAAGUUACAUUAAGAAAAAUGGAAAGAUUUUAGCCACUAGUGUUGUUGAUUCUUGGCGAUAUGUGAAUGAAGUCAAUGGUGUCAACUCCUUUGAUGAUGUGAUCUACACAGGGCAAGGCAACAAUCCACAUAUUUCGAAGACAGAAGUAGAAGAUCAGACCCUUGUGCAAGGAAACCUUGCAUUAAAGAAUAGCAUGGAUGCUAGAACUCCUAUAAGGGUUAUUAGGAAGUAUAAACAAAAACCUUUUAGAACUAAUUCAAAGAGUUAUUACAAUAGAAAUUAUCAGUUUAUUUACAUUGGCUUGUUCAUGGUAGAGGAUUAUUGGCAAGAGAGAGGGGAAUUUGGCAAACUUGUAUUCAAGUUUUUGCUUAAAAGGAUAUUGGGGCAACAAAACGUCUCAGGGUGGACAAGUGACAAUAAAGAAUGAUUAAAGUCCAGAAACUGAUGAUCAAGCUAAAGUUAUACGAGGGAAGGCUAUGCUUCGCAGACAUGGAGUCGCUUGAUAAUGCUGUACAUGUUGAUUAUUUUCAAAAUAAUUUGAAGAUCUGUAUCGAGUUUCAAUUGUUGUCUAUAACAUAUGCUCAUGCAAUGGUUUGGUUGUCCUUCUUGGUCAUGAUGUAAAUCUGUGGAACACUUCAAAAAGAUCAUCACGUUAUCAAAACUCCUCAGUACUGUCAAAUUGAAAUGUUCCCACAGAGGAUCAUUUGCCUGUAGUUUUGGAUUUGACUUUCAUGAUUAUUGU